AUGUCUGAAGGGUCAUCUGAGAAUGUUGAUAUUGAUCUUAGUGAUAAUCCCGGAAAGGUAAAUGUUUCUACAAAAGAUGAGGGUCAGACGUAUACUUAUUCCAGAGGCUCAACAACCAUUACUAUAAAAGUAAGUGAAGUUGUAGCAGAAAUAGCCAUAUACAAAAGGUUAACUUAUAAUCUACCAGGAAAAUCAACUAUUAAAUCUAUAAAAAACAAUAGUAAUGAUACUAACAUAUCCAUAGUCAAUAAAUCAACUUUUCAUGUUUAUUACUGGAUAGGAGAUACAAAUUUUACUACUCCACUUAUUGCGCAAGUUGAUGGAAAUUGUUAUGAGUAUGAUAGAGAUAAGUGGAAGAAAGAUGAUCUUGCAAGUAGAAACCUUGAAAAAGGGCUUGAUGGACAAAAUUGCAAAAGAAACAAGGCUCAUCAAAUAGAGGUUUCUAUAAAAAAUGGCGAACAUUUCUGCAGUUCCAAUGGUUGUACCGGAAUGAAAUUUACCAUAGCAUCUGACGAGACAAAUAAGACUACAUAUAAAUACAUAAGAUACACUUUUACUCCUCAGAAUCCUGGAAAAUUCAGAUUAUUCUACUUUACUCAUAAACGCACCCCUCAAACUGGAUUUUCCUAUCCAGAGAAUGUGAAAUCUGUAAACAUAUACUGGAAGAGUGGUACAGGAGUUAGCUUUCCUUCUCUUAUCCACUACAUGGUAGGACCGAAAAAUAUUUGGUACAAGGCAAAAGAUAAUAAAAGGAUUUGGGAACAAAUAUCUGAAUUUGGUAUUGAAAAUGUCUCCGAAAAUAGUUCAGCAAAUAUAAAGAGACUAAUAGAUGGUAAAUAUCUUCCAAUAAUCACAAUAGAUGUUUCGCAUGUGCCUAUCCCGCAGUCUACAUAUAUUGAUAAUAGUUCGAAAGAGACGCUUGACGUUAGUAAAGAUGGAGACGAUUUAAAUGAGUAUGACCAAUUUGUCCACAACCCAGAAGAUAAUGUAUACUUCAAACUUGGAGAAGUUAAACAUAAAAGUACUACUUUAAAAGGCAUAGAAACUAAAGGCAUACUUUCCUCUAUAACGGCAUAUUACUGGAAUGGUGACAAGGGUCUUAAGACGCCUCUACUUAUUGAGUUAGUCACUGGUGAAAAUAUCUCCAAAUACACGUAUUAUAGCAAAAAAACCAAGAGUACCAAUGAAUGGACACAAUUGCCUGAACCUGGGGGAGUAAAUGGUAAAUUUGAGGAGGGUCAAUUGAAGCCUAUUCUAGAUGAGCCUAAGAAAGUGCACUUUACAUCAAACACAACAAUAGUAGGAGGAACAGUUGGUGGAGUGCUAGGAGGUGGAGGUGCCGUAGGUCUUGUUGUAUGGAAGGGCCCUGCUCUACUUGCACGACUAAUCACUCGCCUGUAA